AUGAAAGAUUUAUCGAAGGGAAAAUCAAACGUGUUACAAAGUAAAAAAUUAUUAACGAUCUCUCAGGAUCGUCAGAGCGUAGGUUAACCAUCCGAGGGAUUAAUUUAACGAAAUUUCUUACUAUUGAAAAUUUUUCUUGCAUUUGUUAUACAUAACAAGUGCAAGGAAAUGAAAGAUUUAUUACGGGGAAAAAUCAAGCGUGUCACAAAGUAAAAAAUUAUUAACGAUCUCUCAGAAUCGUAGAGCGUAGGUUAACCAUCCGAGGGAUUAAUUUAACGAAAUUUCUUACUAUUGAAAAUUUUUCUUGCAUUUGUUAUACAUAACAAGUUCAAGGAAAUGAAAGAUUUAUUACGGGGAAAAAUCAAACGUUUCACAAAGUAAAAAAUUAUUAACGAUCUCUCAGGAUCGUCAGAGCGUAGGUUAACCAUCCGAGGGAUUAAUUUAAUAACGAAAUUUCUUGUCUAUGUUCCCGCAGACUCGGGCUUCGUGAUACUUCAAGGUACAACCUACUGGACCGACCUGUUUGUCAGGCACUUCCUCUUCCAGGCGGAGCACACGAUCGACGGCGACGAUCUACUUUUCUUCGUGCGUAAGAAACACGUGAAGACGUCGUCGAGAUACUUGCCGAAGUUCGAGACGGAGGUGGACGUGUUCCGUAAGGACAGUAAGAAACUACCGAUCGGCGAUCCCGACAUCGAUUGGGAGGAAACCGUGUACCUGAACUUGGUCGUACAUCAGUUCGACUACACGCUAACAUUAGCGAUCUGCACAAGGACGAGCCCCAAGGAAUUGCAAGUAUUGCGGAGACACUCGCAGAAGGUUUACGCAAGCCCAAGCCGGCGGCGAAUGGACGCCAAGGGUGACCUCGAAGAGAUGACGUACCCGCAUAUAUGUUUCAUGGUGGACAAUUUCGACGAAGUUUUCUGUGAUAUUUUAGUCAGGGAUGGGGAGAUGGUGUGCGUGGAAUUGGUCGCGUCCGACAGAGAGGGCGCCAUUCAAGGUGUCAUUUUCCUCGGGUCUAUCAGAUACGACGCCCUGAAGAAAGUGUACGACGCGAGAUCGAGCCUGAGUACCAAGAUGGCACAACGCAUGACUUUUGGCCUGUUUUCCGGCGCGGCCUCCCAGCGGAUAGAAUUCGUUCGAAUGAAGGGACCCCGCGGCAAAGGACACGCGGAAAUGGCUGUGACGAAGCCGAAGGGUUCAGGCGCGGAGACACCGACCUCAGAGCCUGGCUAUUGCGCCACGGAUUCCCUGUGGGACGCCGACUGGGACGACGCCGAGGAGUUAUUCAUGUAUCGGCAUCAACGAAGACUGUCCGACCCCAGCGCCAAUCUGAACAAUUUCGUCCGCGGUGGCUGGAGGACGAAACCGGAUACAGCUGCGACAAAAGCCAGGUCGGAGAACGAGGGUCUGGACUCGAUGGCGAACGGACUGAACGAAAUCGAAGCCGGAGACGUCCGAGACGCCGACCUACAGGAUAGCAGCUGGGGCGGCCGGGGCUCACCAGGAAAUCGAAAGAGUCCUCAAGUCAGGCGGCGAAGAUCCCCUCUUCAUCCCGGCAGGCAGCAAGCACGUCCCAAGCAAAAGCUACGUAACUCGUGGGAACGUACCGAAAAUGAGAACUCGCCGAAUCGCAAGGAGGCCUAUCACGAAACACACGGCCUCCAGAACAACCACCAGCACAACCAUAUCGAAGUGGGUAGCGAGAUACUCGUGCCAGCGGCGGCUUGCUUGACGGACGACAACGUGAGACAGAAGCUGGACGCCGGCGCGAUUUUAGUGCACGGCAAGGAGGAACUGCCGUUGGGUGGAUACGAGGAGGAGGAGGAGGAGGAGGAGGAGGAGGAGGACAAUAACCGGAAACGAAGGCCGUACAGCACCGGACAGAUCAAUCACGAGCGGAUCAACAAUCUGGAGAACGACGAGGACCACCAGCGGCUCAGCGACGACGAAUUGGUCAGGGUACGUCGGACCGACGGUCGCCGACGUCUACGUUCGGCUGGCUCGGAUCACGAAGAGUACUACACCGGCCGUAACAAGAACAAAAACGACGAGCAGAUGAAAGAUAAAAACGCGAACGCCCGUAUUAUGCGAGGUAACCUGACCACGCACAGACAGAGCGCCACCCUGCCCAGAAGGAGGCGAAGACGAGCGUUGUCCGGCAGCUUCGCGGGCAAUCCACUUCCGCCGCAUCGAGUCACACCAGACGGCACAGCCAUCUACUAUUGGUGCGAGCUCCCGCGCCGCCCCGGCUCACAGGAGCUGGACGACGGCGCUUACAAUCCCCUCUGGACGAUGCGAGGAUUCACGCAGACCUUCCACUUCUGGAAGGAGACCAGGCGGGCCCAAUCCGUACCCUUGAACGCCUUUCUUACUUACAUUACCCUGCCUUGGUGGAGCAUCGCCAAAGCAAUCGGAGAAAAAAAAAUGACUAAAAUAUUAAUCGCGUUGAUAUGCGUGAUUUUUACAGAUAUUCUUGAUCAUCGAGAAGGUCCUAUUCUGACAUUCUAG